AUGCUUGUCUUGAUCGCUGGUAUUACCGGGUUCGUCGGUAUUCCGUGUGCCAGGUCCGCAUUUGAACGUGGUCUCAAGGUUCGGGGCCUAGCUCGCGAUAUAAACAAUGUCCCGGAGGAUAUUCGGAAGCGGCUCGAAGGCUUCGAGACGUUAUCAAGCCACUAUGACAUCGCUGCAAUGGACCGGGCCACAAAAGGUGUUGAUGCUAUUAUCUGUACCUUUGCUGGAAUCCCUGAGAUGUUCAUGGAAUCACAAUUGUUGCUUAUUCGGGCAGCAGAGCGAGCUGGAGUGAAGAUCUUCCACGCUACCUCAUGGAACUACGACUGGACACUUGCUCCUGGUUCACACGAACUUUACGAUGACAUGCGGGGCUUCGCCCACCACGUGGCGCUUAGCUCGACCAUCAAGCCAAUCUACAUGUUCACCGGUGCGAUCGCGGAGUACUACUUUAAGCGAAGCCGAUAUGAUUGGAACCCGGACACCAAGACGUUCAGCUUCCACGGGCCUUCGACAUUCCCCACCCGAUAUACCACCACGGAAGACAUCGGCAACUAUGUGCUGGAGGCUAUAACUGCCCCGGAUGCUGCUGAUGGGGGCUUUGUUCGUGUUCAGAGCUUCGAAGCCUCCCCGGAAGACAUCGUCGAAGCAUACAAUGCUGCGAGAGAAGGCCGCAUCACUGCUAAGCUUAACUGCUUAGGGUCAGUGCAAGACGCAGAAGAUAAGUUGAAUGAGGGAAGAGCUAAAAAUGGGAAGAGUGGUUGGUACAACUUUAUUCGGUAUAUCUAUCAAUAUCAUAUCCCGGCCCGUUCUUGGGAUUAUGAGCCGGUGGAUGUUGCGCGCUUCCCAAACGUCAAGCAAACUAGCUUGGAGGAAUUCUUCCGUCGCAACCCCGACGUAUAG